AUGAGUGCCUUCACCCCAGUGAAUAAAGAACUCUACAGUGUCAUUGAGUCAAUCAUCAUGAACGAAUUUGUGGUGUCACGAACACCAUCUUCUGAAGUAUGCUGCAAGUCUCCAAAGCCAGUCAAAGUGAUUCCAAUGAAACUUAAAAGACGAGAAAAGAAGUACUGGUCACCUGAACAAAAGAAAAUAGCCAUUUCAAGAGCAAGUGUUUUAGGUCUUUCCAAAGCAACACGGAUGCUCCAAAAUGAGAUGCCCAGUAUUUUUGGUGAUCUUUCACCAUCGACUUUACAGUAUUGGGUACAAAAACAAAGAACGGAACAUAACAUGUGUUAA